UGUGAGGCAAUCAAAAGCAAAUCUGCAUAGGUGAAGGGCCGUUGACUGACUCUAUUCUCAAGACACUGCAAUUUCUAAAGACCUCUCUUUUCCUUUGCGGUGGAAAUUUCUCAAGAGCUUCACACCGACUAAACCCAGAAUAAAAAACCCUAAUUUCUCUCUACCCUAUUCAGAUUUCUCCUCGAAUCCUUUGAAUUUUCAUCGUCCGAGUUCGAUUCCUCAAUGGGUGCGACGGAAUCCGAAACCGCCCCGAUUUGGGGAAAUUCCCGUCAGAGAGACAACACCGUAUACCCUGUCGAGUUGGAGUCGGCUUCUCGGAAUCUGUCGGAGAGACAGAAUCGAGUGGCGUACAGUGAAGUGAAGCAGUUCAGGAGUUGGGUUCCUUGGAUCAUACCCGUUUUCGUGGUCGCCAACGUUGUCAUGUUCGUGAUCACCAUGUUCGUCAACAAUUGCCCGAAGAAAUCUGGGGAUUGCGUCGCCGAUUUCUUGGGUCGGUUCUCGUUUCAGCCUACCAGAGAGAAUCCUCUUCUGGGUCCUUCCUCGCUCACAUUACAAGAGAUGGGAGGUUUAGAUGUGAGAAAAGUAUUUCAGCAACAAGAAGGAUGGCGUCUGAUUUCUUGCAACUGGUUACAUGGAGGAGUUGUUCAUCUGCUAGUGAACAUGCUAACUCUUCUUCUCAUUGGAAUACGCAUGGAAAGAGAAUUCGGAUUCAUAAGGAUCGGAUUGCUUUAUGUCGUUUCCGGGUUCGGAGGGAGCAUAUUGUCGGCUCUUUUCCUCCGAACAAACAUCUCCGUCGGUGCAUCUGGUGCCGUGUUUGGUUUACUCGGUGGAAUGCUCUCUGAGAUCAUCAUCAAUUGGACAAUCUAUACUAACAAGGUGGUGACCAUUGUUACUCUCGUGGUAAUCGUGGUGGUAAACCUCGGUAUGGGUGUGCUUCCGGGCGUCGACAACUUCGCUCAUAUCGGGGGUUUUGCUACGGGGUUUCUUCUAGGGUUCAUCCUUCUGAUCCGUCCCCAUUUCGGAUGGAUAAAUCAAAGACCGGCUCCUGGUGGAGUUUCUUCUGCUGCCUCCACACACAGAUUCAAGAUUUACCAAUGCCUGUUGUGGACCAUCUCACUAGUCCUUCUGAUCGCCGGGUUCGUGAUCGGAUUGGUUGCCCUCUUCAACAACGUGGACGGAAACAAGCACUGUUCAUGGUGUCAUUAUCUUUCCUGCAUACCCACUUCGAAAUGGAGCUGCAACCGCGAACCACUCUCCUGCUCGACGACGCAAACGGGCAGCCAGCUGAGCGUGACUUGCUUGAACAACGGGAAAUCAGGAACAUAUAUCUUGCCGAAUCCGUCGAACUCGAGGAUAAACAGCAUUUGUGUUGAGCUCUGUCGUUGAUUAAAUCUAAAACCUACAACUCUGUAAUUUGUCCUUUCCUGUUUCUUCUAGAGAUUAUUUUACAAAACACGCAAUGGCAUCUCGAGCCAUUGGCUAUUCGUUGUUUCUUGCGUAUGUAUAUAUAUAUAUACACACACAUUAGCGAACUCAUGUCAUGUUGUACAUUAUAAUUAUUGCAUGUUUCAUUUUAUUUUA